UAUAUUUUAACAACUGUAUAAUUCAAUGUUAUUUAUAUAGAGCUUAAUCUAACGUUGGUAGUGUGAAAGAUUACAGAGGAUUUAAAAGAAUUCUUAAUUUAUAUUCUAUCAAUUUUAAAUUGAUUAUGAGCUAACAACUUAUACAAACAUUGGCAUAACUCAGAUAAAUUGAAGUAACGGUAGUGAAGUCAUGAAUUUUUACCUAUGAAAAUUCUUAUAUUGAGCUAUUAUAUAUAUAUAUAUAACAUGCAUACAUAGGAUAUGUCAUUGAACCAUUGAAAAUGAGGACCAAAAAGCCGGAGUGGUUAGAACAGUAUCAAGAAGUUAGUAGAAAACAACAAGAAUACUUAUCAAAAGUACAAAACUUGAGGCAGAGCAUUCAGAACAAAGAUGAACAUGUUCUUAUGGUUUCUGUGGAACGAGAGCGACACUUGAAAGGUCGUCGUUCAGAUCGACGCCAUCCUACAAUGAACAAAAUGAAACAAACAGUAAUAACAUUCCGACCAAAACCGUUUCCGUCUCGACCUAUUCAAGACAGACGAUUACAACUUGUUCCCCAUUCGAUUCCAAGGAAACUUCCUCCCAUCAUUAAACCUAGUUUAUUGCAUGUUGAUUUAACGAGUGGGUUUAGACGAACUGAUCCUACCGUAAUUCCGGUAGAGUUAGAACAAGCUCAUACAGACUUGGAAGCUAUUGAAGCUAUUGCCGAACGCAACAAAAUUGAUUUGAAAGGCAUGUUAAGAGUGCAAAGUCCGCCUUCUAAGCGUAGACAAGAACUUUCUGUUAGUAAGGUGUGUUUAAAAGACAUAACACCAGAAAUUGUAGCGCCGUUGUUUAGAAUGCCUUUACCAGAUAUGGAAUACAUAACAAACUUAAGUUCAAGGAAAGAGAUUGUGGCAACGGAAAAAUCAAAGUGA